UCCGUGGGCGCUGCGCUAUGGGCAAGAGGAGCAAGCGGCCAGCCGACAGCUCGUCCUCGGGAGACGAGGAGGAGUAUGUGGUGGAGAAGGUGCUGGACCGGCGCGUGGUGAAGGGCCAGGCCGAGUACCUGCUCAAGUGGAAAGGCUUCUCCGAGGAACACAAUACUUGGGAGCCAGAGAAGAACCUGGAUUGCCCAGAGUUGAUCUCGGAGUUUAUGAGAAAGUAUAAGAAGAUGAAGGAGGGUGACGGGAACAAACCACGCGAGAAGGUGGAGAGCGCCAAGAGGAAAGGAGGGCUGCCCGCCGGCGGGGAGGACGUCAAGGCCAAGAAGAAGAGGGAGAGCAACGACAUCGCCCGGGGCUUCGAGCGGGGCCUGGAGCCCGAGAAGAUCAUCGGUGCCACUGACUCCUGCGGGGACCUCAUGUUCCUGAUGAAGUGGUGA